AUGCCCGAGCCAGGCCCCAGGAUGAACGGCUUCUCGCUGGGCGAGCUGUGCUGGCUCUUCUGCUGCCCGCCCUGCCCGAGCCGCAUCGCCGCCAAGCUGGCCUUCCUGCCGCCCGAGCCCACCUACACGGUGCUGGCGCCGGAGCAGCGCGGCCCCGGCGCGCCCGCUCCGGCCUCGGCCGCUUCCACCUCCUCCGCCUCCGCCGCGGCCCAGCCGGCGCCGCAGCAGCCCGAGGAGGGGGGCGCGGGGCCCGGCGCGUGCAGCCUGCACCUGAGCGAGCGCGCCGACUGGCAGUACUCGCAGCGCGAGCUGGACGCCGUCGAGGUCUUCUUCUCGCGCACCGCCCGGGACAACCGGCUAGGCUGCAUGUUCGUGCGCUGCGCGCCCUCCAGCCGCUACACGCUGCUCUUCUCGCACGGCAACGCGGUGGACCUGGGCCAGAUGUGCAGCUUCUACAUCGGCCUGGGCUCGCGCAUCAACUGCAACAUCUUCUCCUACGACUACUCCGGCUACGGCGUCAGCUCCGGCAAGCCCUCCGAGAAGAACCUCUACGCCGACAUCGACGCCGCGUGGCAGGCGCUGCGCACCCGGUAUGGCGUAAGUCCCGAGAAUAUCAUCCUGUACGGUCAGAGCAUUGGGACGGUCCCCACGGUAGACCUGGCCUCCAGGUAUGAGUGUGCUGCGGUGAUUCUCCAUUCGCCUCUGAUGUCUGGAUUGCGUGUGGCUUUUCCCGACACCAGGAAAACGUACUGCUUUGACGCCUUCCCCAGCAUUGACAAGAUCUCCAAAGUCACCUCUCCCGUGUUGGUCAUUCACGGCACAGAGGACGAGGUCAUCGACUUCUCCCACGGCCUGGCCAUGUACGAGCGCUGUCCCCGAGCCGUGGAGCCGCUCUGGGUCGAAGGGGCCGGGCAUAAUGACAUAGAGCUUUAUGCACAAUACCUAGAGAGACUAAAACAGUUCAUUUCUCACGAACUUCCCAAUUCCUGAAGACGACAACUUGAUCUUACCUCAUUGACUGUGAACACGAGUCCUCCAUUUUACACAUGCUUUCACCGGACAGCGGUCAUGGCGUGAUCACCACAAGGAAGCACGCAGCUUUUCGGGCAUCCUCAUCAUCGAGCCGAGGACUUCUCAGUCUUUCGUAUCCACAGGUUCUACUGACUCACACAUCAUGUUAAACCGAACAGUUGUGACUUCCAGCUUCAUUGCCUUGCAGGGCGGGAAUGAGAGCUGAGUGGGGGAACCACUUUCUUGUGCUGUAGGAAAGGAUGCUCACACCCCUUUCUCCACCUUACCCGUGUAGGAUGCAUUAAUGCAGGACUCAGCCUCUCUCUACCCGUGUUCUCAGUAUUUGACCUGCAGCUCUCUUUCAGCCACUGGAUUCAUGGGUGCAGUCCAUUUGUGAAGCUGUGAUAGUUUAACUGGAAACCAUUGUGAUGAAAAUUCUUUUGUUCAUUUUUAUUAACAUGCUGAUCUUUUCCCUCAGACAAAUCAAUUAAAGGGUAAUUUACUGGAACUAUGGUGAAUGGCUUCAUCAACUGGAAUCAUAUAAAUAUAACUGGAAUAUUCUUAAACAAAAUGAAACUUUUUUUUUAAGUGUAAAGUUAUUACUACUAGUCCACAGAGUUUUAAUAU